AUGUCUUUACCAUAUAGCAAAAAAGAUUCUUUUGAAAUUGCUUUAAAAGGUCGAUUUAUUAAAAUAUUUGAUUAUAACACAUUUGAAAAUAUUGCAAAAAUCGAAAAAGGAGGAUUUGGUACAGUUUAUCGUGCUAAUACGACAAAUUUAAAAAAAGAUGUCGCAUUAAAAAGUUUACAUGAAAAUAUAAAUGACGAAUUAUUUUAUGAAAAAUUUGUAAGAGAGUUAACAAAUAUCACGGCUGUAAAUUAUCAUGACAAUAUUAUUAAUUUUUAUGGAAUCAGUAAAAAUCUUUCAACGGAGACGUACUACCUAGUGUUUCAAUAUGCUAAAGAUGGUAACUUGAGGACUUAUUUACGAAAUAUUUUCGUAAGUCUUGAUUGGACGAUUAAAAUUAAAAUGGCUAAAGAUAUUGCAAGUGGUCUACAUUGUAUUCAUGAAGAAAAUAUAAUUCAUAAAGAUUUAACUACAUCGACAUAUAUAAAAGUUCAUGGGAAAAUGAUCCAAAUCAAAGGUCAAAGGCCACCUAUUAAAACCAUUCUUGAUUCUCUCGAAAAUAUUAAAUUAGAAAAUAUAUAUAACGAAAUUAAUGACAAUCAAGAUAUUCAAUUAGAAGCUCAUAUUGAUAAUUCUUCAACAAACGUAUACAGUAAAGACUCCGUAUCUAUUCCUUCUUCAUUUACUACAUCAAAUUCAGACCCAAACCAACGUCCAAAUAUCGGGAAAGUUGUACAGAUCUCGGAUUAA